AUGACAGACGAUAACGAAGUCCCAAACUAUCGGGGGUUUGAUGAAGGGGUUUCAUCUGAAGUGCAAAAUUUUGCCCGCUCGAUGAGUAGACCAUCAAUAGAUAAAGCGUCGUCUUUGGCACGAACAUUGAGCAACGUGUCACAAGUUCCAGGAGUCAAUCCUAUGUCGAAGGAAGAAGAUAUUGAUCCAAGGUUAGAUCCUGAUUCAGAUAAUUUUGAUUCAAGGUUCUGGGUCAAAAAUCUCCGGAAAAUGUAUAAUUCUGACCCCGCGUAUUACAAGCCGUCGUCAUUAGGGGUAGCAUAUAAGGAUCUUAGGGCGUAUGGUAUUGCCACAGAUGCUGAUUAUCAGUCCAAUUUUGGAAAUGCUGCUUACAAAGUUGUUGCGAGAACAAUCAGAAGAUUUAUGGAUAGAAAUAAUGAAGCCGCUAAAUUCGAUAUUUUGAAGCCAAUGGAUGGGCUAAUCAGACCCGGAGAAGUGACAGUGGUCUUGGGUAGACCGGGUGCUGGAUGUUCAACAUUCCUAAAGACAAUUGCAGCUCAUACAUACGGUUUUACCAUUGAUAAGAACUCUGUUCUUUCAUAUGACGGUUUAACCCCAAAAGAUAUUAUUAAGCAUUUUAGAGGAGAUGUAGUGUAUUGUGCUGAGACCGAAUCUCAUUUUCCUCAGUUAACUGUUGGUCAAACGUUAGAGUUUGCUGCAAAAUUGAGAACACCGCAAAAUAGACCAGAAGGUGUGUCUAGAGAGGAGUAUGCUGAGCAUUUAACGAAGGUUGUAAUGGCUACAUAUGGUUUAUCUCAUACUAAGAAUACGAAAGUUGGUAAUGACUUUAUUAGGGGUGUUUCUGGUGGUGAACGUAAGAGAGUUUCCAUAGCUGAAGUCGCAUUAUCGUUUGCAUCAUUACAAUGUUGGGAUAAUUCGACCAGAGGUUUAGAUUCUGCUACUGCCUUGGAAUUUAUUAAAGCAUUGAAGACCUCGGCAACUGUUUUGAACGCCACCCCAAUGAUCGCCAUCUAUCAAUGUUCUCAAGAUGCUUACGAUUUAUUUGAUAAGGUGAUUUUGUUAUACGAAGGUUACCAAAUUUUCUUCGGCGAUUGUAAACAAGCCAAACUAUAUUUCCUUGAAAUGGGAUAUGAUUGUCCGCAAAGACAGACUACUGCAGAUUUUUUAACAUCCUUGACAAAUCCAUCCGAACGUGUUGUCAGACCAGGCUAUGAAAAUAAGGUACCCAGGACACCAGAAGAGUUCUAUACCUAUUGGCAAAAUUCACCUGAAAGGAAGGCACUAUUGGGAGAAAUUGAUGACUAUUUGAAUAAGACUGAUAAUGAAGAGCGUCUCCAGCAAUUCAAGGAUGCACAUAAUACAAAACAGUCCAACCACCUUCGUCCUGCCUCACCUUAUACGGUUUCAUAUGGUAUGCAAGUAAAAUAUAUUAUAAAGAGAAAUAUUAUGAGAACUAAGGGUGAUCCAUCAAUUACCAUAUUCGGUGUCUUUGGUAAUAUCGUAAUGGGUCUUAUUAUUUCGUCAAUUUUCUAUAAUCUAGAAGAUAACACCGGCUCUUUCUACUAUAGAACAGCAGCGAUGUUCUUUGCUGUGUUAUUUAAUGCGUUCUCUUCCAUGUUGGAAAUCUUUUCUCUUUAUGAGGCAAGACCAAUUGUGGAGAAGCAUAAGACUUAUGCCUUGUAUCAUCCUUCAGCAGACGCAUUUGCUUCAAUCAUAACGGAGUUACCACCUAAGAUAUUUACUUGCCUUGCAUUCAAUUUGGUGCUUUAUUUUAUGGUUAAUUUCCGCCGUAAUGCCGGUAACUUUUUCUUCUAUUUGUUGGUCAACUUCACGGCUACGCUAUCAAUGUCUCAUUUGUUCAGGACUAUUGGAUCUUCUACUAAAUCCUUAUCUCAAGCUAUGACUCCUGCGUCGAUUCUUUUGCUUGCAUUAACAAUUUUUACUGGUUUUGUUAUCCCAACACCAAAAAUGCUUGGUUGGUGUCGUUGGAUAAAUUAUCUUGACCCUAUCGGAUAUGCAUUCGAAGCCUUAAUUGUAAACGAGUUCCAUGGACGUGACUUUGACUGCUCACAGUUUGUUCCUUCUGGCCCAGGAUAUCCAACUUCCGGUGACUCUAUAAUUUGUUCUGUUGUUGGUGCAGUAGCUGGUAGGGAUUAUGUUACUGGAGAUGCUUACAUUAACGAGCAAUAUGUAUAUUAUUGGAGUAAUAGAUGGAGAAACUGGGGGAUUGUUGUAGCCUUUGUUGUUUUCUUUUUAGUUGUGCAUAUUAUGAUAUGUGAAUAUAAUAAAGGUGCUAUGCAGAAAGGAGAAAUAUUAUUAUUCCAAAGAAAGGCCCUAAAGAAAAACAAACGUAGGAGAAAUGAUAUUGAAAGUGGUAACAUUGAAAAGAUAAGCCCGGAUUACAAUAAUGAUAAUGUGACCGAUAAUGAGAUGGAGAGCAAAUUACCAUCAGCCGGAGACAUAUUUCAUUGGCGUGAAUUGACAUAUCAAGUUAAAAUAAAAUCUGAAGAAAGAGUGAUUUUGAAUAGCGUUGAUGGUUGGGUCAAGCCUGGUCAGGUUACUGCUUUGAUGGGUGCUUCUGGUGCUGGUAAAACCACUUUGUUAAAUGCAUUGUCUGACAGAUUAACGUCUGGUGUUAUUACAUCUGGGGUUCGUAUGGUCAAUGGUCAUGAAUUAGAUGCUUCUUUUCAACGAUCAAUUGGGUAUGUUCAACAACAAGAUCUCCAUCUUCAAACUUCGACUGUACGUGAAGCUUUGACAUUUUCCGCAUACUUAAGACAACCUAAAUCUGUACCAAAAUCAGAAAAAGAUUCAUAUGUUGAUUAUAUUAUUCGAUUAUUAGAAAUGGAAAAGUAUUCUGAUGCUGUCGUAGGGGUGUCUGGUGAAGGUUUAAAUGUUGAACAAAGAAAGAGAUUAACCAUUGGUGUCGAAUUGGUUGCCAAACCGAAAUUAUUGGUUUUUCUUGAUGAACCCACUUCUGGUUUAGACUCGCAGACAGCUUGGUCUAUUUGUAAGUUGAUCCGUAAAUUAGCAGAUCACGGACAAGCUAUUUUAUGUACUAUUCACCAACCAUCUGCUAUUUUAUUGAAAGAAUUUGACAGAUUAUUGUUUUUACAAAGGGGUGGUAAAACAGUCUAUUUUGGCGACCUUGGUGAUAACUGCCAAACAUUGAUUGAUUACUUUGAAAAGUACGGAGCACCAAAAUGUCCACCAGACGCUAAUCCAGCAGAAUGGAUGUUGGAAGUUAUCGGUGCUGCUCCCGGAAGUCAUGCUAGUCAAGACUAUUAUGAUGUCUGGAUAAAUUCCUCUGAAUAUGUAACUAUUAAUCAUGAAUUGGAUAUUAUGGAACAAGAAUUAGUGAAAAAGCCAAAGGAUGAUUCGCCUGAGAGUAUGAAGACAUUUGCAGCCCCAUUUUGGUAUCAGUAUAAAUACGUCACUCAAAGGGUAUUCCAGCAAUAUUGGAGAACGCCUUCAUAUACUUAUUCAAAGGUUCUCAUGUCGAUAUUUUCGUCUUUGUUCAACGGGUUUGCUUUCUUUAAGGCUGAUAAAUCUUUACAAGGAUUACAAAAUCAAAUGUUUUCUGUCUUCAUGUUUUUUGUUCUUUUCAAUACCUUGGUUCAGCAAUACUUACCUCAUUUUGUCGCUCAGAGAGAUUUAUAUGAAGUUAGAGAAAGACCAUCAAGAACUUUAUCGUGGUUUGCCUUCAUUACUGCUCAAAUCACUGCUGAGAUUCCAUGGCAAAUUGCUUCAGGAACUCUUGCUUUCUUCUGUUGGUACUAUCCAAUUGGUCUUUAUAGGAAUGCAGAACCUACUGAUGCUGUAGCCCAAAGAGGUGCCUUGAUGUGGAUUAUUAUUGUCUUGUUCUUCAUCUAUUGUUCUACUAUGGCACAGCUAUGUAUCUCGUUCAAUGAACUAGCGGAUAAUGCUGCGAAUUUGUCGUCUUUAUUAUUCACAAUGUGUUUAACGUUCUGUGGUAUCUUGGCUUCAUCUGAUUCAAUGCCGAGAUUCUGGAUUUUCAUGUACAGAUGUAAUCCUUUUUCGUAUUUGGUAUCAGCAAUUUUAUCCGUUGCUCUAGCAAAUUCCGAUGUUACGUGUGAUUAUAAUGAGUUAUUAAGAUUCAAACCUGAAGAUGGGCAGACUUGCGGUGAAUACAUGCAAACUUAUAUGAGCUUUGCAGGUGGUUAUUUGAUUAGUAAUGAUACCACAGUAACUUGCGAAUUUUGUACGGUUGCCUCGACAAAUGUAUAUUUACAACAAGUGGGUGCUGAUUAUAGUAAGAAAAGUCGUGAUAUUGGUAUCUUUGUUUGUUUCAUCGCUAUCAACAUUAUCGGUACUAUAUUUUUCUACUGGCUUGCGAGGGUACCCAAGACAAGUAGACAAAAGAAUAAAUAA